GAAUGACGGAUGACUCCAUUUGCAUGUCGUACCAGUCUGGCGUGCGUAGCAGACUGCAGCGAAGCAUCCUCGACCGACCCGAUCAAAAUCUACAGGCCGUGCUUUCCCACGGUGAUCCGCCAACGGUUUCACCGAACCGUCACCAAUCUCAACGCACUCCAUCAUGGAUCUCCCACGCCUGAUCCCACCGUCAUUUGAUCCGCCGGUGAGCAAUUUAAGUCGAGGCUCGAGGCACGAAAUCCGGAGAUGGCAUGCGAAGAGCUCCGCCCCGACCGCACGGCCCUCGGUGUCCUCCGCUUAACGUGUCCCACCGCUGCCAUCCGUGUCGGCAGCCACCGGUUAAACCACGUCAGGAAACAGAUCUCUUCCCAACGUGUACGGCGUAUACGUUACAUGUCGUCGAUCGACGCCUUGUGUACGGCUCCGACGUCCCCGUUACGUACUUCGAAGCCGGGAUCUUCGAAUUCGUCCGCGGGGGCCACACCGUACCCCAGUAGCGAAGCGGGUACGUGACUCGAAAGUUUUUUCCCCCACGCCGAAAUAGCGACGGUUAAAUGGAAACCGACGGUUGGAAGUUUUACGCAGUCAAGAAACUGUUGCCCACAAGGAAAGGACAUACAAGAAGGAUCCAGCCGAUGGAGCAAUCAGAGCCUUUGGAUCUCGAACGGUCGGCCCGACGCUUCCUUCGGGGCGCUCGAGAAGGCGUCGGGCCGUACGGGGCCACCGGCUAAGCCGGUCUCCGCCUCGUUUAAGUUCCUAUUCUUACCCCUUUUCGAAGGCGUGGUAUAUAAAAGUGCCCCUUUUGUUUCUGCCGUUCCAUGGAUUGAUAUCACGGCCAAUUCCGUCACACUGCUCGCUUCCUUUUUGAUUCCGCCUCUUGUUCACCGUAGCCUUCCUGUUCGUUUCUUCCUUGGUUUCCUGCCUUCCCUUCCGCUCGCAACAUGACGAAAGAACGAAACGGUGAGCCAGUCGGCGACAGGCGAAAACAGCAGCAGAAGAGGAACAUGAAGAAGAGGAUGCGGAUGGGGUGCGGCUCGAUGGUGGGUUCGGAGCGCUGCGUCUCCUGCACCACCUUCAACAUUCUGGCGCCGAUCUACAAACGGCUCAGCGAGGGGGUGAGCAGCCCAUUCUUCGGCUUCGGAUCGUGGGAGAGUCAGUGCAGGGCGUAUUGGUUGAGCCGGAACGAGAGGAUCAUCGACAGGCUCUUGGGCGAUCGUUCCUCCAUAAUCUGUCUCCAGGAGGUCUGGCUAGGGAAUGAUGAGCUCGUUGAUAUGUAUGAGAAGAGGCUAGGCGAUGCGGGUUAUGUCUCUUUCAAGCUCGCUCGGACGAACAACCGUGGCGAUGGUCUCCUCACCGCUGUUCAUGGGGACUACUUCAAGAUUCUAAACCAUCAGAAAUUGCUCUUUAAUGACUUUGGAGAUCGUGUUGCCCAGCUCUUACAUGUUGAAUCGGUUGUUCCUUUUUGGCAUGGGCAAAAAAGCAGUGUCCAGCAACAAGUCCUCAUUGUGAAUACCCAUUUAUUGUUUCCUCAUGAUUCUAGCUUGUGUAUAGUUCGUUUGCAACAGGUAUAUAAGAUACUUCAACAUAUCGAAACAUAUCAGAAAGAGUACAAUCUUGAUUCUGUGCCUAUCAUACUCUGUGGUGAUUGGAAUGGAAGUAAGCGUGGGCAUGUUUACAAGUUUCUUAGAUCCCAAGGGUUUGUAUCAUCAUACGAUACCGCUCAUCAGUACAGUGAUGUCGAUGCCCACAAGUGGGUAAGCCACCGAAAUCACCGUGGGAACAUAUGCGGAGUUGAUUUUAUAUGGCUUCUAAAUCCAAAUAAAUACAGGAAACCCUUGAGAACUAGCUGGAAUGAAGCUGUAUUUGGCAUUAUCAAGUAUCUUCUGCGAGCAGCUUCUCUUGCAGAGGAUAAUGCAUUUGCAUUCCUUAAGGUGGACAGUCCUGGUGAUUACAUUACCUACUCUGGUUUCUGUCAAGCACUCCAUCAGCUAGGUGUAGCUGGCCAUCCUCAUGGUCUUAGCCCUGACGAUACCAAGGAUUUAUGGAUUCAGGCUGACACUGACAGGAAUGGUUCUGUGGACUAUGAGGAAUUCCAGCAGCAAAUUUGGAGUCCCAAGUGUCGGGAACCUUUAGAGGAGCAAAUAGCUGUGGAAACAGGAGGAACACAAGCAAGAGAAGGGGGACAGCUGGCCUUUGGUUUUAACGUGAAGGAUGCGGUCCUCUUCCCGCCGGAGGUCGAGCAGGGGACAUGGCCAGAGAAUUACUCUCUUUCCGACCAUGCACCAUUGACUGUUGUAUUUUCACCUGUAAGGAUUCCUUGUGGUCAACCAGUUUGCUAAGUAAGCACUGAUCUAAGGUGCAAUGUAGGUCCAAAUGCACUGCCUGUUCAAUGUAAAGCUUGCAGAGAUGAGAGUAGGAUACUUGAUCUUAUGUACUUGUAGCUAAAAUGAGUAUGCGAAACAGUAGAGCUUUUGGAUAGUCUUCUGAGAGAGAUGUUUUUGUUCUCUGUCAAAAAGAAACCAUUUUUAAUGUCAUAAUAUGGAAUAAUACUCUAUGAUUCUUUGCCUUCCCUACCGGCUAGG